CCUUUCUCCCCUCUGCCCUGGGAACCUGAGACGAAGCAGUGGCCUCGGCGUCCGUCAGUCUGUUGGCUGCUGGUCCCUGAGGACGGAAGCAGAGGUCUCUGGGAGGGGACCAGGGCGUCGGUCAAGCCCCCAGGACUGGCUCCUGGGCCCCAGAUAAGUGUACACGCAACUGUGCUCUGUCCACCGCACCUCCUGCAUGUCCUGCUGCCCUGAGCUGUCCCGAGCUAGGUGACAGCUUGUCACACUGCCACCAUGAACGAGGUGUCUGUCAUCAAAGAAGGCUGGCUCCACAAGCGCGGUGAAUACAUCAAGACCUGGCGGCCCCGGUACUUCCUGCUAAAGAGUGACGGCUCCUUCAUUGGAUAUAAGGAGCGGCCCGAGGCCCCUGACCAGACCCUGCCCCCCUUAAACAACUUCUCUGUCGCAGAAUGCCAGCUGAUGAAGACCGAGAGGCCGCGGCCCAACACCUUCGUCAUACGCUGCCUGCAGUGGACCACAGUCAUCGAGAGGACCUUCCAUGUAGACUCCCCGGAUGAGAGGCAAGAGUGGAUGCAGGCCAUCCAGAUGGUUGCCAACAGCCUCAAGCAGCGGGGCCCCGGGGAUGAUCCCAUGGACUACAAGUGUGGCUCCCCCAGCGACUCUUCCGCAGCCGAGGAGAUGGAAGUGGCAGUUAGCAAGGCGCGGGCCAAGGUGACCAUGAAUGACUUCGACUAUCUCAAGCUCCUGGGCAAGGGCACCUUUGGCAAAGUCAUCCUGGUGCGGGAGAAGGCCAGUGGCCGCUACUAUGCCAUGAAGAUCCUGCGGAAGGAGGUUAUCAUUGCUAAGGAUGAAGUCGCCCACACGGUCACCGAGAGCCGGGUCCUCCAGAACACCAGGCACCCGUUCCUUACUGCGCUGAAGUAUGCCUUCCAGACCCACGACCGCCUGUGCUUCGUGAUGGAGUACGCCAACGGUGGCGAGCUGUUCUUCCACCUGUCCCGGGAGCGCGUCUUCACGGAGGAGCGGGCCCGCUUUUACGGUGCGGAGAUCGUCUCAGCCCUGGAGUACCUGCACUCGCGGGACGUCGUGUACCGUGACAUCAAGCUGGAAAACCUCAUGCUGGACAAAGAUGGCCACAUCAAGAUCACUGACUUCGGCCUGUGCAAAGAGGGCAUCAGUGACGGGGCCACCAUGAAAACCUUCUGUGGGACCCCUGAAUACCUGGCACCCGAGGUGCUGGAGGACAACGACUACGGCCGGGCGGUGGACUGGUGGGGGCUGGGUGUGGUCAUGUACGAGAUGCUGUGCGGCCGCCUGCCCUUCUACAACCAGGACCACGAGCGCCUCUUCGAGCUCAUCCUCAUGGAGGAGAUCCGCUUCCCGCGCACGCUCAGCCCCGAGGCCAAGUCCCUGCUUGCUGGGCUGCUUAAGAAGGACCCCAAGCAGAGGCUCGGCGGCGGGCCCAGCGAUGCCAAGGAGGUCAUGGAGCACAGGUUCUUCCUCAGCAUCAACUGGCAGGACGUGGUACAGAAGAAGCUCCUGCCACCCUUCAAACCUCAGGUCACGUCUGAGGUUGACACAAGGUACUUUGACGACGAGUUCACCGCCCAGUCCAUCACAAUCACACCCCCGGACCGCUAUGACAGCCUGGGCUCACUCGAACUGGACCAGCGGACCCACUUCCCCCAGUUCUCCUAUUCGGCCAGCAUCCGAGAGUGAGCUGAGUGAGAGCGGCGCUGCCUGCCCGCCGCCGCUGCCGCCGCAGGACGCGUGCGUGGCUGCCAUCACCACCGGGGGGCUUUUUUAAAAAAAACUUUUAAUUUUGCCGUUUUGUUUGUGUCCCCAUCCCUCACCUCCUGACCCCCAUUUCCAGUUUUUUCUUCAGCCCUCUGCCAAACUCACCUCAGCGGUCCUAGUGGCCCUGCUUACAGGAUCCUGUCCUGCCCUCACCUUUGUGCCCAGACCAGGAUUUGGGAGACUCUCCGCUGCCUGCCCCGGCACCAGGCCUUUGGGCAGUUGGAGAGAUGCCGGUUUUUAAUCAGCAUAAAGCCCCAGUGAGGGGCGAAGCAUGGAGCCGUGGGGCCUACCUGAAUUUCUGGCUGGGGCGCCCACAGGCAGCCCUGCCUCUGGGUUGCUGCUUCUGUCAGAGGCUGCCUUCUGGUGGGCCGCCCGGUGGACAGC